GGGCCCGUUGGGAUUGGCGGAAGAAGAAGAGGGAGGCGGGCCCUCCCGGAUUCCCUCAGACCAGCUGCUGAGGCCCGCGAGGAAAGGCCGCCAGGUCCCGGCGCUGAGCUGCGGGGAGGCCGGAGGAGGGCGAGGCCGCUUCGUGGCGGGCGUCGGCCCCGUCUCUGGAAGGCAGGGCCGAGAGAGCCGGCUCUUUCCGCGGAAGGAGAGCGACGGGGGUGGCCUGCGGAACUCCCGGAGACUUGAGGCUGAGCCAGGACCCGUUUGCUGAGCUUUCCUGUCCCUGGACUGUGCCAACAUGGAUAUGGGAGGCAGUAGCCGGAUCCCCUACGAUGAUUACCCUGUGGUCUUUCUCCCUCCUUAUGAGAAUCCUCCAACAUGGAUCCCCCCUCAUGAGAGGAUUUACCAUUCGGAUUACAACAACGAGUUAACCCAGUUCCUGCCUCGAACUAUCAUCCUGAAAAAGCCUUCGGGGGCUCAGCUGGGCUUUAACAUCCGAGGAGGGAAAGCUUCUCAGUUGGGUAUUUUCAUCUCAAAGGUGAUCCCGGAUUCUGACGCCCAUCGAGCCGGGCUGCAGGAGGGAGAUCAGGUCCUGGCCGUGAAUGACGUGGACUUCCAAGAUAUUGAGCACAGCAAGGCAGUAGAGAUCUUGAAAACCGCCCGCGAGAUCAUCAUGAGAGUCCGUUUCUUCCCUUACAAUUACCACAGGCAGAAGGAGAGGACGGUUCACUAGACGCUCCUUCCCGGGGGGUCACCUUGCCAGCGUCCAGCCGAUUCCCAUUUUUAACUUCUUUUUGUAAUCCCGUGCUUUUUUUUAUUAUUAUUAUUGCGAAGCACGUUCUUUUAUUCCAUUUUUAAGUCCCUCUGAAGACCCCAAAUAGGGUGGGUUUUUUGGGGGGGAGGAGGGGAAAGGGGCCAGAAAAGAGUUUUCCUUUCUGAUUUAGAUGCUUUGUGGAAUUUCUUCCGAGGGAGAGGAAACGGCCUCCUUUUCCAUUUUUCCUCCAUCCUGCGGACCAAAAGUUUG